AUGGCGAGCAACUACAGCCAGCGCUCUCUAACAGUUCUGUGCCUGCUGGGAGUUUUAUCCGCCAUCAUGUCCGUUCUGUCUGUUAUUUUAAUCUUCCAGCUUCAGUCCCAACAAGCAGCAGUGAAGGAGGAAUCUAGCCCGCCCAGGUCGUCCCUUUUCCCCGCGGGCGUGUGGGCCGUGCUGCUGCCGGUGGCCACGGUCCUCAGCGCGCUGUCGCUCACCCUCAACCUGAGCUCCGUGGUGGUGUGUCUGCUUCACGCAUACUUUUCAACGGAGGUUUGCAGAGGGGAGAGGGAUUCAGAAAGAGCAGACUGGUUCUUUUUGGACAGCAGAGCAAUACGACAUGUGGCUGUUGGGCUCUUUUGCAUGGGAGUCUCUGUGUACUUAGCAGCCAUGUCUGCCUUUAUGCUGUUGACAUUUGAACUGGAGACAGGCCUCGCAAGUGCCUGCGUGCUGUUGUCUGGAAUACCCAUUUUACUAAUUGUAGUCAUCCAUUCCCUGAUCAAAGUAUCCCAGAGCGCCAAGAAAUAUCACUCCGACCACAUUGGCGCUUUAUAUCAAAAUGACCAUAGUAACAGCAAUGCAGCCCUCUCUCGACCGUGUGAGCUCAAGAUUGGCGUGGACAAACCCCGGAUGCACCGCACCCAGUCUUACCUGGUGCAUAACAUGAUGUAUCCUCCAUGUGGAAACCCAAGCCCAGAAUACCCUCAGCGCCCUCAAUUUUCCACAACUGAGGCGACUCACGACCAGGGCAGUCCUAACGAUGGCUACAGCAGUGGAGGAAGCAGUUCGAGAAUACACCGGACACUAUCCAGUGACACGGCCUUACUGCAGGCUCAAGUCAAGCCGUGGAACGGAGUAAACAAUGAGAUGAGGAGCGUACUUGCACGGAAGUCUGGGAUUUCUGCCAAAGACUCUACUCUUGUGUGA